AUGAGACUCCAGAAAAUCUGUUUAGCUCUCGUGGGCUUUCAGUUGGCAAUUUGUCGCAACUUUUACGAUCAAAAUGGGGACAUCACUGAGCUUUCACCCAAGACAUUUGAUAAAGUGGUACACCGGACUAACUAUACCACAUUAGUAGAGUUUUAUGCCCCAUGGUGCGGAUACUGCCAACAGCUGACCGGAAUCAUGAAAAAAGCUGCAAAAAACCUCGAUGGAAUCGUACAGGUUGCGAGCGUCAACUGCGAUGAAGCCAAGAAUAAACGACUUUGCGCCCAGCACCGUGUAGAAGGGUUUCCAACACUGAUGGUGUUCCGUCCGCCUAAAUUCGAUCUUAAUAAAGGUCCUGAAGAGCGACUUUUGCUAGGCAACCAUGCUAGCGAGGUGUACAAGGGCGAAAGAAAGCUAAAACCUCUUGUGGAUUUCUGCGUUUCUCGUGUCAAAAACUAUGUUACCAGACUUCAGAAGAUAGAAAAACUAGUGCAGCUUUUAAGUCAAAGCAAUAAUUCGCGACUAAAGGCUGUUUUGUUCUCUAGGAAAGACAAAAUCUCCCCGCUGUACAAGAGCUUGGCGCUGGAUUGGUUGGGCGUCAUCGAUUUCCACGUCUUACUCAAUUCCAAACUGCAGGCAUCGGAAGAUCAACUCAGUGGUCUGUCUGAAGAAACCAGAGACUUUCUGCUAGACUUUCAAAAAACGCAGGCUGCCUCGGAGACUAGUAAGCUAGUAGUGUUUGAUACUGCAAGUAACAAACAUCUCGUUUACGACGGUACAUCUUUUGAUAAACAGAGUAUCUGGAGCUUCCUUUCUCAAUGGGUCGAACCGCGUGAGGGUAUAUCUACUAAACGUCAAGAGUAUCUGGAUAGCCUCAAAACCAGGUCAAAAAGCCGGAACAAGAAAAUCAAUAAGAAAAAAAUGACUCAAGAGGAGAAAUUUGCACACGAUGAGCUAUGA